AUGCCUCCAGAAAAGGCUUACCAUAGAAGGACGUUGGUUGAGGGUACAGGAAAAGAAGGCGACUGGACGAAAGUGCUGACUGAAAAACAACAAAAAAUGAUGUUCGAUAGUUCCCCUAUCGCUCAUGUGGAUAAGGUUAUCACCCCAUAUCUUCUACUCAUCGGUGAGAAGGAUCUGCGGGUGCCUCCUCAUUAUCGCGCUUUCAUCCGGAAUCUUCUAGCUCGAGGGAUCCCAUGCAAGUACGUGGAACUU